AUAACUAUUGAAGGAGAUCCUGUUCAAGAUGACUCUGGUGGUCGUGAUUCUGACGACUCGCAAUCUACUGUUAAGGAUGAUUCGGGUGGCUGUGAUUCUGACGACUCGCAAUCUACUAUUAAAGAUGAUUCUGGUAGUUGCGAUGAAUGA